CACCUUCUGCGAUAAACAACAUCAACUUGAUGUUUUGGCAAUUGAUGUGGCAAAUUCUAGUGAUGGAGGUAAACAACCGAGCACGACUAGUACGAGAGACGCAGCCUGUGGAGGGUCGUUCGACACUGUUUUUGUCAAUGUGACGCCCUUUUCUUUGGUGAAAAAAUCCGGUACGAACGACUAUGAGCUUAUUGAAGCUACGAGAUUCUUGUCGCGGGAGGAGAUACUGAUGCGGUUGCAGGCGAUUAAGACUCAGUCGUGUCACGCGUCGUCCUCAUGGAGGAAUCCGGGUCCGAGUGCGCGAUACCUCCUGACGCAAGACGCGUUUUACACACUGGCUGCGCACGAACACGAUUCGGAUACUCCGUCUAAAGCUGGUGAAAAUGCUGAGCGUAGAAAUGGUGCUGGUGGGAAUACGAAUACUUCUACAGCAACAAGUUCAACAAAGGAGGGUCUUCGUGUUGUUGUUAGCGGUAUCCCUGCACGAACCAAUGCGGAUAAGGUUGAAGCAGCUGAUGAACAAGGCGCAUCAUCGGAUAAGACUGAUGAAGCAGCUGAUGAACAAGACGCAUCAUCGGAUAAGACUUCCACUAACGGAAGCUCCUCCACUCGCUCAAGCGUUGUCUCUACUCCGUCGUCUUCAGCUACUUCUACAGAUAGUUCUGGAAUUUCCCUCGUUGUGGGUACGACGCCCACACAUCAUGGACCAAAUGGGGGUCCCGGUGGAUCGAGUACUUCUUUCCUCCUAUCAGUAUCUGAACUUCCAUCGUUGUCAAAGAUGCUGUCGUCAGUAGUCGCCUUCGGCUCGAUGACCCCAGGUGGAAAGAGCGAUGUCAUUCAGUAUUGGCAACAUCUUCAGGGUGACAUCAAGGUUAAAGUGGGGAUGUGUGGCGAUGGCGGAAAUGAUGCGGCUGCGCUGCGGGCUUCAGACAUGGGGGUCGCAUUGAUGAAUCACUCGGGUGGUGGUUCCAGCAAGGACCACGACACGAAGAAGAGUAAGAAAAAUAAUGAUCAAGGCAAACAAGAAGAAGGUCAACAAGGUCAACACCCUCGAGAGCAAGAUCCAGACGAAGACAGCGUUAUCACGUUCCUUGCUCCCUAUGCAGCCACAAGCGGUAGUAUUCGUGCCUGUGUGGAGGUUGCGAAGGAAGGUCGAGUUGCGGCUGAAAAUGCUCUUGCCAUCUAUCAAUGGACGCUGCUCUACGGUAUCGCGUUCAACGUCACGAGAGACGUGCUACGAGUAAACUAUUCCUGGUUGAAUUCUGCCAUGGGGACAUCCUUGGAUUUGAUUGCCGUUCCAUUAGCGGUCUAUUUGCUGUCGAAUGGGAGACCGCCAUCAAAUGAUCAAACGAGUACUAAAAUAGAGAUGAACAUGAAUGGUAGUUUUGUUGAAAGAACUACAUCAAUGACUUUGACGAGCACGAGUGCCGCCCGUGGCUUCAAGAUUGGAAAGGAGGUUCUUGGAAGAUCGGAAAUGGUGCCUCUCCUAGUUGACGACGAGGACGAUCUUGAAUCCAAUCCACGGGAGAUUCGCAGAGCCAAAGAAGAGACAGCUCUCGAGAAACGACGUCUUCAAAAGGAACAGCAGCAACGUGAGAUGAAUCAGAGAGAGCUCUUCCCGGAUGUGCCGAAUUUGUCGCCUCUGGCUCCUAUCCGCGUGUGGCUCCUUGGAGUGAUUACUCCGCUGCUGAUGCUCGGAUUUUUGCUCCCUGUGGGUUUCUUGCAAUUGGCUUCUACAGUUAAGACUCCAUUCAUUUUCAUUAUAGAGUAAUAAAAAAGUCAACACAGGACGUCUGCGAACUAUCCGGAACUUCCUCUGAAGGUCAACGUGAUGGACAAGUAGAUCACUAGAUCACUUACCACUCGGGUUUACAACUUGAAACAUAUAUUAUAGAGUAAUAAAUAAUAAAUAUGCAUUUCCUUAUUAUACGGGAAAUUCAUUUUCUUUUCCAACGGCCUUUUUCCUUUUCUUCGGUUUCCUUACACAGGCAAUUCAUUUCCUUUUCCUGUAUCUCCAAGUGUAUUUGUCAGGCAAUAGACUUUUGAAGAAAACCCUUUUCUUCAGUUUCCUUCUUAGGAUUCUGAAGAAGUAGGCUCGUCGCUCCUGAAGAAAUGACUGAGAAUAUGAAAUGCUAGUAGUUUUGCGCUCUAAUACGGUUCCGGAAAUUGGUGCCAAAGAGUGGCUCAGUAUCCCAAACAACGCUAAAGGGUAUCUUUGCGAAGGCAAUGCUACGUCCACCGAACAAUCGUCCUCCUCCAUCCUCAGUGGCCUUUUUACAACGACUGCCUUUGGCCUGUUGGGCUUUUCUUUGCUGUAUCUGAACUCGGGGAGCAAAUAUCGUGCUGGUGUCCUCGAGUCGCUGCUUCGGCGGAAGGACGUGUACUUGAUUUUGCUGUUGUUAAGGUCUUGUUCCCCUAAAGUAGCUACUCCAUCAUCUUGUUGAGCAGGGACAUCUUGUUUUUUACAGGGGUUUUCUUCAAGAGGAAAACAAGGGGUCGUCAAGGAUUAAUCUCAAGAUCGAUUGGGAACUCUUCUAAUUUGGUUUUUCUUACCUGGCCUCCUCCUUCCGCUUCUGACGGCAAACAACUACUUCGUCUGUACUAUGCCUGCGAACUGCGAUCAGCGCACGAGCUAUACGAUUAUGCACGGCACAUAUCCGGCUCUUGACAGCGCGCUGAAGUGGUUACAUUAAGGCUAUAGUACGUACAUUCGUCACUCUUCGGAGUCGAGUAGGUCCCGAGGGUGCUCGAUGUGCAGGAUCCACAACCUAACCUAACUCCGCUGAUCACUUUCUUCACUAUCUGGCGUAGCUGAUAUGUUAGAAAGAUGAUCUUCCUGUUCGUGGGUUGUGAAUGAUUCAGAUCACUCCUCGGGCUACAGAUUCAGAUUGAUUCCUGGCUUUAAUCCUUGUUACGACAACCGGACAAACCCAGCGAUGCCGAGAUCUAUGGCGCUGCCGUAUGGUUCUAUGAGCCAGGGCAAAGAGAAGUCGAACGCACGAAAGCUUUUAACGAGGUUGCUGAGACUCUGAUGAAGGGUUCUUCUAGUUCUUCUGAUACUAAUGCUAAUGCAGGGCGAGUAGUCGUACAACCACAAGCGCCUCAACAAGCUCAAGCUAUUAAUGCAGGGCGAGGAGUAGUCGUACAACCACAAGGACCCCCUCAACAAGCUCAAGCUCAGGAGCAGAGUAAAAUAUUGUGGUCAAGCGCAAAGGACCGCUUACAGUAUUUAGAUGCGACAUACGACAGCAUGCCUUCGUUCAGCUUUGGGGCGAUCAGAGGUGCUGCAUCCAUAUUAAAGGAAGAAGACGAAGAUCCUGAUGAAGGAAAGAAAGACGAAGAUGGCCUCACCUCCUCCAGCAGCAAAUACUAUUACAGUUUGAAGCCAGGGCAUUUCAGCUUCCAAAAAGUUGCUGAAAGAACUGAAGAAUACAACGGCGCACUCAUCCAAAGGCUCUCGUGGCGCGUGUCCCUGCCCCUUUCUAGCGCUGGAGACGGCUACAAGUGGCUUGAGGAAUGUCUCAGCGCUUACAUUUCUCAUCCUUCAGUUCUUGGACAGCUUGCACCUACCCAGCAGCGCCGCAUUUUUCAUCCUUCAGUUCUUGGACUUCGUGACCUUAUUCAAGCGGAGCCUGAUCUGCAGCAGCUUCUUCUGACGGCAACGUUUGGGAUGUCGCCAGCCUUGAUUAAGCGCUUGGCUGCAGCACUGUUCUACUUAAGGCUGUUGUACCUAAUGCAGGAUAAUUCUUGAAUAUUAUACGUAUGGAGGAGUACUUAUCCUAAGGGAAUACAACUCCCCCAUACUUUUCAAGGAUGCACUUGAAAGAUGAAUUGCCGACAGUUCUAAUAUUCGCGCACUCCGACGCGGGCGUGGCUGAUAGAGCCGGCGAACGAAGCAUAUACGUUACAUGGCUCUACCAAGGACUCAGGAAAGCGGCAGAGGCUCUUCAAAAAAGCCGUGAAGAUAGCCGUGAAGCACUCAGGAAAGCACUCGAGGCGCUUAAAGAUAGCAGUGAAGCUGCGUCCGAGGAAUCCGAUAAAAUAAAGACAGAAGCAGAGGCUAAAAUAAAGAGAGACGCAGAGGCCAAGAUAAAGAAGCUCCAGACACCCGAAUUCCUUCAACGCCUCCUGGCUCCACGGUUUGAAGCCUACAUCGAAAAAAGUCUAGGACUAACUGGACUCGGUGAAGAAGAGAAAGAUUCUCCCGAACAAGCAAGGUCUGCUUCUACGGACAACAUGAAUAUCAAUCCGGGACGAGGUUCAUCUACGGACAAUACCACGGCUCUUGUUGCGGGUUCCUCAUCCUCUGCCGCGGAAAAUUCGUCUCCAGCGGCUCCUGCGUCACCUGCGACGUCAGGGUCGCCAACGACGCCAGCGCCUUCAGGGUCUCGUCCAGAGGGAUCACCGUUGACUCCCGCAACAUCAGGAAAGAAAUCAGAGAAGGCCGCGUCAGGCAAGGCUGAUCCAGCUGCAGCUCAUCGUGCCAAGAAGAAAGCGGAGGACUUCAGUCUGCUUGAAGAUAUGAAGGCGAACUUGAUCAUGGUGGAAAAUCGGAUUGGCGAGUAUCAGGAAAAAAUGCAUCAUUUUGUCAAAAAGACAUUGAAGGGCUCUACGUUGGAUGAGCUCAGGCAGAUGUUCGCAAUCUUGUACAAGCACGAAUCGUGUACCCUCAGCUUGGUGAAAGUGGACACUGCGGACGUUCGAUAUCAGUUGGGCAUGGAAAUUAAAUGUAAAGCUACACCUCUUCCUGUUGAAGUUUCAUCUUCAUCUAGCUCUACAGCUUCUACACCUCGUCCUGUUAUUGCAACCCGCCUUUCUCUCCUGAAUGACAGUGAUUUCAACUGGAUGUGUCAGGAGUAUUGCAAAGCAACCUGGCUGUUGACAGCCGACGAAGGGCAGCAGAGUCCGUUCCACUGCCACUGGGUUGCACUGGGCCAGAAAAUGACUGAAGCGCAAAAUUAUAUUAUGAAGAAGUGUGGAUCGCAUUUUCAGUGAUUUGUUUUAGUUUUUUGCAACUAUCUUAUCAAUUAUGUUGUUGUUGAAACAAGAGUAAAAACAAGUAAAAUUAAGCAUGAUCUUCAUUCCAUAUUAACACGUGCUUGCUAGUUCUUACAGCCUCCUCUAAAACAAACGACCUUUCCUCUCGUACCUCCAAGCGUGAAUAUCGCACCCGCCGAUGCGUGUUGUUUCCGAGAAUCGAUCGAGAAGAAGGGGAUGCCAAUCGAUUUCCCGGUCUCAAAUUCGAGAAAGACGAAAACAGGCAUGCCAUCGGUCCUGACUUCCCGGAAUUUGUGCGCAGAUUCAGAGGUGGGAGUGGAGCAGGUAAAACUUUAAAUUUGUUGCAUGAAAAAGAGUACUGCGGGAGGUGCUGGAACAAGAAGUAUUUAACAUAAGUAUUUAAGGUGCUGGAAGAAGUAGAAUAGAAUAUAUUAGAGAACGGAAGUAGGAUGGACCCCCUUAGUAAAUCUUCCGAUCCUACUUGAGGCGCUGGAAGAAGUAUGCCUAGUACAGAUUACUGCAGCUAGCAGCUACACGACAGUCAUGACUGCUGUUAAUCACGAUCACGUUUCUCUGUCGAAGUUCCAUUUAAUAUAUUUCAUGUGGAAAGUAUAUCAAACGUUCGCAUCUCCAUAAUAGUAAUCUUUAUCUUCUAUGACCUAGGUAACAUCAAACGAGGCAGUGAGGAGGAUGACAAGUUUAUCAAGGAGCAUAAUGGGUCGGGACUGAAGUUUAAUCCAGCGCCUCGAAAGCCCAGUGUACAGCUGAGAGGUGUGCAACAAUUAAGGCUUGAGAAAAUCCAUCUUGUUCGUGUUCCCCAACACUGUCUUCUCUUAGUUUUGAUGAGAAAACGGGACUUUCUUGUUCCUCAACUACACUCCCCUCGUCCCGUUCUCAGUUGUAGUAAGUAGUAACCUCUAAAACAGCUGGACGCUGAGUCUGAGGUAAAGAGUGACGAGAAUUUACUGCGUGUUUACUACGUGAACCGCCAUGCGGUGAUCGGUUGGGACUCGGCACAGCCAGCAGACGUUAGACAUGUCCACACUCCGGGAAAGCGAAGUACAAGGGCACUCUUCGGAAUCUUUCUGCCGCUUUUCUUGCUCCUGUGCACGCUGCUGGCUGCUACGAGGACCCUAGUCAAUGUCGUGGAGAGGAGAUUUUUCAGACUGAAGACUGUACGAGGGGGACAGUAAGAGCACUAUAUCUUCUGCUUCUGCCUAAACCCCAGAGUCACUUGGAGUUGUGUCACCACUGACUUGAUGAAGGUGCUGGAGCGGAUAGAUGGUGCUCCUAUGCGACGGGAGUACGAAUGUAGUAGCGGAUAGAUGGUGCUCCUAUGCGACGGGGGUACGAAUCUAGUAGCGGAUAGAUGGUGCUCCUAUGCGACGGGAGUACGAAUGUAGUAAAGCUCUUGUUGUAGUACGGCUCCUGAUUUACUGAUGGAGGUGGCACAGCUUGUCGUGUCGUCAGGUGCAACCGCAGCUCUGCGGAUCUUUCCUGCAAAAACGACAGUUGUGAAGAUGAGUAUCAUGAAGAUCCUCAUUUUAUAGUCUAAAAUUUUGCAGCAUAGUUUUCUUUUCAUUGUAAGACUAAGAAGUCUUAUUUGUGCUAGGUGCCUCAUCCAAGAACUUACUUCCGACAAGUCUCUCGGUUGUAGUAGUUUCUAAAAAAAUUUUUACAUUAAUAUCAUUGAAGAUUAGAUAGAUAAGCAUGUUGAUUGAAUUUGAAAUUACUUAUGAAGUAGUGAAGCCACAUUAUCUUUGUUCUCUUGAAUGAUCCGUUGCACAGAUGCCUCAACUUCUUGACUUGAUGGAACUUCCGAUGUUGAACGAAUAUUACCCAUAGAAGAUACUUGAUGUAUCAUCUUCCUAUUUCUUUAUACAAUCCAUUUCUUCGAAAAUGCCAUUAACAUAAUUAUAGGCAAUUUGCUCCUGGUCGCCAUGCUGGAUCUACUAAAUGUUCUUUGCAAUCGAUGAUAUAUUGGCGCAGUACUUUCACAUGAUCUAUUAGUUUCUAAGACGAGUAGAUGGAAGGAUAAAGAGGUACUAUAAAAAAUAUCGUAGGUGGGACGAGUUGUUAUCUUGUAUUCGGGCAAUCACGUGUCUGACGUAGCGCUAGUUGGUGUACAGGUGGUUCGGGUGUUUUUUGUUUCGUUUCAAAUACCCUUUGAGUCCGUGACGGCGGGAAAAUGCACAGUGCAUAAUAUCUUCUACUCGACGGCCUUUGUCGUGGUCUGUUUUCACACCUUCAUAAUUCCAUUGAUGUUCAUGACGUAAAACUACGGGGGAUCAUUGAUUCUAUCUUGCAUAUCUCGCGAACCGCUGUGGUCCACGCCGCGUCCGUGCGACUGAGCUUCGAGUCCAUGUCCAUGCUGCAGGAAAAGGAUUGUAGUUGUACUCCAUUUGGUUUCCAUUCCUCUGUCACCGCUGCUGGUGCGUCGAUCUUUCAUCCUGGAAA